UGUUUUACGACAGAAUGUUGUUUCCUGUCGGCCUGUCUGUUGUUUAAACGUAGCCGUGUGUGUUUUACGACAGAAUGUUGUUUCCUGUCGGCCUGUCUCCGUGUAUGUUUUACGACAGAAUGUUGUUUCCUGUCGGCCUGUCUGUGUAGCAGUAUAUGUUUUACGACAGAAUGUUGUUUCCUGUCGGCCUGUCUCCGUGUAUGUUUUACGACAGAAUGUUGUUUCCUGUCGGUCUGUCUGUUGUUUAAACGUAGCCGUGUAUGUUUUACGACAGAAUGUUGUUUCCUGUCGGUCUGUCUGUUGUUUAAACGUAGCCGUGUAUGUUUUACGACAGAAUGUUGUUUCCUGUCGGUCUGUCUGUAG